GAGCUCGUCCUCUUGCGAACCGAAGCCGCGCAGCUGAGCGACGAAGCGUCAGCCGAGCGCCAGCAGCGACAGCUGGUGCAAGAGGAGCUGCGGCUGGCCAUCGUUGAAGCCAAUCACUUCCGGGAUGAGUGUGCCCGGAACCUUUUCUCGCAGCUGGGUGAGGAGGUGGUGCAGCAAGACGCACCUGACGAGCGCGACGUGGCCCGGCGAGAUGGCGAACGCUUGCUGGCCAGUCCUCAAGUCAAGCACGAGCAGGAGCUGCAGGACUUGCAAGAGGAGGCGCGGCUGCUUCGCACUGAAGCGGUGGAAAGGGAGAAGGACGUGAUCUACAAGGACAAG